CUAGGAAGUUUUCCCAUCUUCCGGCACUGUACAGGCUUUUUUUUUUUAAGCCAGAGCUGAAAGUCAAGUUCGUAAGGAAGAGAGAGGCAGCACAUAAACACCUCAGCAAAAGUCGUACUGGCUGUUUGUGAGUAAGCAGGAAGCUUGGACAGGUUGAGAUGGUGCAAGCCAUGGAGACCAUCAACAUGUCCUUCUUGACUGACUCCGAGAAGGAACUGAUCUUAGGGGUGCUGCAUCGGGAUGAAGAGCUGAGACGGUUAGAGGAACAGCGGGUGAAGAGACUGAAAGCAGAGUUGCUGGACAUCAGGAGGAAGGGUGCAAAGCGCAGCAGUGGCAACUACAGUGAGCGCAGCUGUGGACGCUGUCAGGAGCCCCUGGGUCACCUAGCUGUCAACUCCAACCAGUGCCCAGUGUGUAAACACCAAGUGUGCCAAAACUGUCGCACUGUCCGAGCCAAAGGGUUCUGGCUGUGUAGUGUGUGUGCCAAAGAGACGGACCUAAAGAAGUGUACAGGCGAAUGGUUCUAUGAUCAGAGGGUUAACCGUUUUUCCACAGCUCCUGGGCAUGAUCUAGUGCGAGCCUCACUCAGGAAGCGCCCUCCCACAAAGAAGAAUGAAACUACAGGGGAGGUGCUGUUGAACAGUCCAGAGUUCAACUCCAGCCAGACUUUACCAAUACCAAAGCCCAGACUGAAGGAUCUUGCUCUGGCAAACAAAAGCCCAUCCAGUGAGCAUCUGCAGCAGAACGACACAGUCUUGGCAGAGAAUGCUAGCCUCAGCAGUAACCAUGCGGACACAGAUUCUUUCUCCAGUACACCAUCAACACAGAGGAAUGAGGUGGUGAACAGGUUGAGUGGAAUAAGAUCAAGUGUGUCCCCUCCCACUAAAACCCACAGUCCUUCUGGAUCCUCUGAAAGCACCGAGACUUCCUCUUUAGUUCAUCACAUUAUGUGCUCCGAGUCCUUGAAUGAUGUUGAUGGCCUUUUCAAGAAGAGUGUUAGAAGAGUGCACAAAAUAUCAGAUUUUAAGCCAGCCUCUGUAAUGGACAUACGCUAUGAUGGGAAUAACACUACAGCCUCCAUGGGAGACAGAAGCAAGUCAGUUCCAGGCCUAAACAUAGAUGAAGAAGAAGAGGAGGAGGAAGAGGAUAUUGAUAACUUGGUCAGCAUUCACAGAAGGACUGUGGGUGACCGCACCACCAAUCUGCACGGCUCAACUAGCACUCUGGGCAGUAUGAUGAGUGUGUACAGUGAGGCAGGGGAUUACGACAUUGUGGACGUCAGUGGGGAUAUUGUCUUCUCCCUCCGCUAUGAUGAGAGUAGGCAGAGUCUCUCUGUUCUGGUCAAAGAGUGCAGAGGGCUGUCUUACGCUGACGCUGCCAAAAAGAAGUGCAACCCAUAUGUCAAAAGUUACCUCCUCCCAGACAAAUCUCGUCAGAGCAAGAAGAAAGCAUCUAUCAAACAUAAUACCAUCAACCCCAGCUAUAAUGAGACAUUAAAGUACUCAAUCAGUCGUUCCCAGCUGAUGUCUCGUAUCCUCCAGCUCUCAGUGUGGCAUUAUGACCGUUUUGGGCACAAUGCUUUCCUCGGGGAGAUGGCGAUGCCACUGGAUUGCUGUGACAUUGACUUAGGCCAAGAGGAGCAUGUGAUGCUCAGAGGAAAGGCAGGCACCACUCUGACACCAUCCUCUUUUUCCCAGUACAAAGGGGAACUGGUGAUUUCUUUAAAGUAUGUCACAGAGACACAGGCAGCUGGAGAGAAGCCCCGAGGUGAGGGAACAGUUCCUUUACUCAGAGGCAAAAAGGCCAAGGUAGAGGAUUGUGGAGAGCUGCACGUGUUAAUAAAGGAGGCAAAGAAUCUUUAUGCAAUGAAAGCAGAGGGCAUGUCCGAUUCCUUCGUAAAAGGAUACCUCCUGCCAUUUACAGGCAAGUUGACCAAGAAGAAGACGCAGGUGGUGAAGAAGACUGUGAAUCCACACUAUGACCACACAUUUGUAUACAAAGAUGUGUGUCUGGAGCAGCUAAAAAGCAUGUGUCUGGAACUCACUGUCUGGGACCGAGAGGCCAUGUCCAGCAACGAUUUUCUGGGAGGAGUACGUUUGAGCUUAGGAGCAGUGCGAUUGAAGGAGGGGAAGCAGGAGUGGGUAGCUGACUCAACAGGAGAGGAAGUGUCUUUGUGGCAGAAGAUGAUGCAGUUCCCAGAUUCAUGGGCAGAGGGCAGUCUCCCCCUGCGGUCCUCCAUGGGCAAGCGAAAGUAAAGACACCAGGAUUAGUACUGAAUAUAUGGGCCAGUUUAACCAGAGAAAUGGACUGGAUUUUGAGAUUAUGGGUGCAGUUCAGUGCAUUUAUUUUCUAUUUACUUUUUAUGUCUAAAGUCCUUCCCGUGCCAUAUGAAAUGUUCCUUUUUAUGUAUGUACAUUUAAAAUUGCAAUAUUAAGUUAAUAAAAUGUUGAAGCAAAAAUGAUGCACAAAACUUAAUCUUUAUUGACAUUCCUCCUAAAUGAGUACAGUUGCAAAAAUCUAAACGUGUGUACAACACUAAUUAUUUACUGCCUAAUGGAGGGGGAAAGCUCAGUUACUGUAGGUCCUGACUACAAUGCACACCUAAAAACAGUUAUGUACAAUUCACUUAAUAAAUAUAUAAUUUGCACUA